GGAGUGACGGGACUGAGCAGGCUAAUGACUGAAGCUGAGAGAGUGAGAGAGUCAGAAAGCCUCCAAUGAACCUAGGAAGUUUCCUUGUUACAAACACAGCAGCUAGGGGAGGCAUAACUGUUAGGGACUAGAAAAAAACAAGCCACCAUCGAAUGAUUACCAUUCGAUGGUGACAAACAUUGGAAGGGCACUAUUAAAUGCUAAUACACUACCAUCAAAAGAAAACAUCGAUGGUUCUGAAACAUCAGACAUCGAUGACCAUCUCUACACUGUUUAUACUUCGCCUUCAAAGGAGUUUGACCCUCUGCGCCUGUCGUGGUUGCUAAGUAACACAUUUCUUGGACUGCCGCGUCCCGUUACUUAGGAGACAGAAACAUGGCUGCUCUGGAACUGUAAAGACAGAAACUCAGGAAUCUAAAGUAAAAUGCUUGGGCCAGUACACAUGAGACCGCUGGACAGUGGUGCGUUUCUGGGACAGAACCCUAACUCCUCCAUUCAAUUGAGAAAUCUCUCAACUGAGUUGCGGUCUAGUUCUCUCAUACGCAGAAAGGUCAAGGAGAAGAAGGAUAAUGUCUUAGGGUUUGAGGUGUGCCAGUGUUUACACUGGCAGAACUGGGAACUGGGCAAGGAGAUAACCAAGACUCUCACGCUGAAGAAUGUCCGGCUGAGAACACAGAAACUGAAAUUCAGUCCUCCAGUCACCGCCUUCUUCAGCACGUUGUUCCCACAGAGCAUGACACUGAGAGCAGGGACCUCUUGUUCUCUCCCUGUCACUUUCCGACCCCUGGAAAAGCGCGACUUUGAAGAUUCGAUCACUUUCGAGACAGAAGAGGGACGUUUUUCUGUGGCUUUGCGAGCUACCCUUCCAGGUCACAAGCUACUGUUUCCAGCGGAGCUUAGUCUGCCCACAUGUUCUGUAUAUGAUACAUCAGAGGGCGCAUUUGUCCUGCGUAGCGCAAGUGACUUGGAGACACAGUUCAGAUGGGACGUCCCUGAGCCGUUUCUGCUGAACCCUGCCAGUGGGACGCUUGAUCCCAGGUGUGAGAUUCGGACCACAGUCUUAUUUCAGCCACAGAGAGCAUUUGUAUACAAUGUGCUUGCAACAUGUCACUUUGGAGUGAAUGAGGGAUCUCAAAGGAGUAUCCAGCUUACUGCAAUUGCAAAGUACCCCCAUGUCCUGGUGAGCGUGCCUGGGGAAUCCUCUGAGAACACUGGAGAGGAAGGACCAAUACUACAUUUCGGGUCUGUUGGAGUGGGCAUGGUAUCUGAGAAAAUCAUGGAGAUACACAACCUGUCAGUGGUAGACUCUCCAUUCAGUUUAACACAACAGAAGCACUCAUCCCAAGUGGAUUGCAACUUUUUUUGUGACAUUACACAUGGAGUUGUUCCAGCCCAGGGGAAGCUGAGAAUUCCCCUGCAGUUCCGUCCACGUACCGUUGACAUGGAGAGUGUGGACUAUUUUCAUGUUUUCUCAGCUGGCAAUCUCACUAAGACAGUGCUCAAGGUUUCCGGAUCAUGUAAAGGGCCAUAUGUGUCUCUCCAGACAUCUUUACUGAAUUUUGGUGUAAUGAACCUGGGGGAGAAGGUGCUACGUACCCUGGAAAUGACCAAUUCCUCAGAUGUGCCAGCACUCUACCAGUUUGAUAUCGAUACAAGUGAAAGUGUUUUCUCCUUUGAUCGUCCUUAUGGGACCCUGGGUCCUCGGGAGACUCAGAGUGUAAAGAUCAUCUUCUCACCAGCUCAUCCAAUCCCACACUACCGGAGAGUAGCCUGUCUCAUCCACCACCAGGACCCCUUGUUCCUGGAUCUGAUUGGUACUUGUCACUCAGACAUGGUAAAACCUGUCAUUGUGCUUCCAAAACACAUCUGUGUUUACCGGACAAAUAUGACGCGUGGUCUGACUGUAUAUCCUCCAGAUAUCCUGGGCACCAUGAUCAAAGACGGAAAGCUACGCACAGACACGACUGGAGCUCUCGUUCAGCAAGAACAGGAUGCAGGCAGCUCACCUUCUGAAUCAUAUACUCCCAAGGAUCCUGCAUCCGAAAUCUUUGAUGAGUUAAACCAUGAGGUAUCCACAUUGUCAUCACAUAUUACAGCCAGCACCAGAGACUUUCAUUUUGGUCAGUGUGAAGGACAGUCUCAAGAACCACUUCCCCUGUCCCUGACCAAUCAUACAAAGGGAAAGGUGACCGUUGUCUGGACCUGCAAAUCUAACAGCCCAUUCCGUGUUACCCCAGAGUGUACGGAGAUCCCACCACUCAAAUCCACGGCUUUUAGAGUAGUCUUCCAGCCCGCACAGACUAAUACCUUGUAUGCAGCAGAAUUGGAAGGUUUUGUCUUUUACAAGGUUCUGCGGGAUUAUCGUAAUGUUGAGGACACCACUGUUUGUCCUCCAUGGUGCAUUACACUACGAGCAAUGGGACACACGUUUGAGUUAGGGCAACAACACUUUGUACCAAGCUGUGUUCUAGAUUCCCCACGCAUGAUUUUUCCACCAGUGAAACACGAUGGUCAUACAUAUCGCAGUUUACUCCUGCAGAACACGGGUCCUACAAUAAUGACCUACGUAAUAGAUCAAAAAAUCUGCCCUAAAGUGGAAGUGAAUCCACCAUCUGGUUACCUGGCACCUGGAUCCCAUCAGGUUCUGAUUGUGAGGACCUGCCCUAGUGAAAAUGGACUGAUUAGAAACACUCUGUCGUUGCAGCUAAAUUGCAGUCCAGACUUUGUUCAGGAGAUUAUUCUCUUCUGUCGGGUUGAGACCCCCCAACUGCAUCUAGAGGGGGAAGGAAAACUGUACUUUAAACCAACAUGUGUUGGGACCCAGUCAGAGUGUGGCUAUUCUCUGAGAAAUUGCUCCAGAGUCCCUGUGCACUUCAAAUGGAAGAUCCAGUCAGCAGACUUGCCCUUUAUUUCAGUCAAUCCCAGCUUUGGAAUUAUCAAACCGAAUGAAACCUUGGCACAGACUUGGUCAUUUGUUCCACAAGAAGAAAGAGCCUACUCUAUGAAAGCCGCUGUAUUGUCAUGGUGUGCCGAUGGAGGCUCUGGACCUACCCCAAGAAACCGCUACAUCCUGCGUAUUAACGGAGAGGGAUGCAAAGGAACUUUGUCAUCACACCAGGAGCUAGUGGAUUUGGGAAACAUUGUGGUUGGCAGCUUUCAGUCACAUGAUUUGCUUCUAAUAAAUGAUAAUGACUGCACCCUGGAAUAUACAGUGACUGCUAAGCAGGAGAUUACUGGCCCAUGUGACCCAGAUGAAGUCAUCAAUGACCCAAUAGCUUUGAAGUUUGAACAUAACAAGGGAAAACUGCCAGCACGUACCAAGAUGGGGAUCAGAGUCACGGCUCAUCCUUCCCGAAUGCUCUCUUACACCUGGAUUGUCAGCUAUUGUAUUCUUUCUCCUAAAGCUCUGGAUCCAGCAAAUAUAAUUGGCGAGGAACGGUUUCUGUGCACCCUGACAGCGCAGGGAGUCUAUCCUACCUUCUCUGUGGUGGACGCAUGUCCAGCGGGUAGUGCCAGCACCCUAAGCAAGACCCAGCUCUGGAGGCUCUUUUCACUGAAAGAACUCAAUUCCUGUCUUCAAAGUGACCCCACACCAGGAGAACUUAUAUAUAGGGUUCCUACCCGACACAGCACCCACAGACGUCCUACUGUAAACACUCCCAUCCUUUUGGACUUCAACUUUGGGGCUGCUCCUGUGGGUUUGGAGCCAUUUGUUGUCCUGCUUUUGCUGGAGAAUAAUGGAUUAUUACCUGUGAAGUGGGACUUUUUAUAUCCAUCAGAUCUGCAGAUUGAGCUGGAGUUCUGGGCUGAGACAUGGGAGUUUGACCCCAGUGAGACCCACCAGAUGAGAAUUCAAGACAAUAAACUUUUUACCGUUAACCCCAAAUCAGGAAAUCUGAAACCUGGCCAGCAACAAACGGUGCAGCUAGCAUACAGACAUGAUUUUGUUGGAACCGAUCGCCUGCCUGUCCUCCUAAAAGUAUCACACGGCCGGGAGAUUUUGCUGAAUUUCAUUGGAGUCACAGUAGAGAAGGAGCAACGCUAUGUACAUUUUACCUCCACAAAACAUCGCUUUACCCCUGUGGCUAUUGGCAGCUCCAGUCCUUCAAAACAGAUCUAUGAACUGUUUAACGGGGGUGCUGUAGCUGUAAUCUAUGAGAUUAAUUUGGAGCCGCUGAGAGUGAUCCAGGAACAGAACUAUCACCACCCCAUAUUUCAGUGUCUGAACCCCAGAGGGGAAAUAUUACCAGGGUCAACAGCCUUUGUGGAAUGGAUCUUCUCACCGCUGGAAGCGAAAACCUAUUCAGUGACCGUCCCUGUACAGAUCUUAGGAGGAGAAUCUGCUCUCAUCACCUUUGAAGGGGUUGGCUAUGAGCGUAGUGUACUGGGUGAUACGGCUGUUUUUGAUGAUGUUUUCCCAUUGGCAGAGGUUUCAAGGCUCACAGCCGCUGGACAGAUUCCUCACUUGACCCAGCAGAAAUUGACGUUUGGUGAUAUUCCUACCUUCUGCAAGUCGAGCCGUCUGCUGUUCUUAAACAACACCUCUAAUAGCGAGGCCAUUUUCUUUACUUGGUAUGCAGGGUCACCCAGUGCCAGCGAGACGCUUCAGGUCUCCCCUUUAUCAGGUGUAGUGCGACCAGGAGAGAGCACCAGUCUCGUGGUUAACCUGCAAUCUGGAGAACAAGCCUCUUUUUAUACCUUGGAGCUGGUGUGUGAGAUAUUCAUGGAGAAAGCACUGGCGGAGUAUGAGCAAGACCUCCGAGACUGGGAGGAAGAAGAAGAACGCCAGUCAGUGGAGUUUACAAUCAAUGAACCAGUCUCAGAGAAGAGAGGUCAAAGGGUGUGUUGUCUAGAGGCCGGUGGAACCGCCAUGGUUCAAGCUAAUCAGCAACUGACAGAGAUACAGAGAUACAAGACCCUACCACCCAUCAAGAAUGCCGAUUUUGCCCGACCACCAGUCAUCCGAGACAGAAAGAAUCGCAGGGCACAGGAGACUCUGAAAGUCAGGGCUAGACCUGAAUCACCUACUCCAUUACAGCUCCAUUUGUCAGUGACUGCGAGAUCCCAUCACAUACCAGACUUUCUGAACCAAUUCCAGAAUGACUUCCAGAGACACUUCCAGCAGCGACUACCCAGAAAGAAAGUGGAGAAACCUGCUCCUGUCACCCUCCAACCUGAGACUGGAGAGCCAGAUAGGUACCCAGUAAGACCUACUAGGGCACAACAGGAAAUGACAACAGACAUAAUGGCAGGAGUAAUCAGAAAUCUCUUGGAUGACAAGCAGUUUCAUGAAGCGCUGGAGCAAAUACAGAACGACCCUCUCCCUUACUUCAGCCAAUUGCACAGCCAGGAUGUCUGCCUAAAUACAACCACCGUCCCUGAGAUUUCAGGUGUAAAGUCAAUACAGACCCCAGCAGCAGCAGAAGAGGAGGAGGAGGACACGGAGAAGUCACCAGCGUCUCAGCCUGUGCCAGAUGUGGCACAUGAGAAGGCUGCAACCACAAAUCUGCUUUUUCCACAGGAGGAAAUAAAAGAGAAGAUUAAAAGGACACCAAUAUUUAGCAACCUCGUAGAGGCCGUUCUGGAGAACACUUUGCAGAACAUUAUGACUGAAGCAAACCGUGGAGAAGUUGUACUCACAACCCGCCCUCGUGUCAUCGCCCUGCCUCCUGUGACCCCCAGGGGGAUCACACCGACCUCCUCAUCCCGGGCAGCAUCAAUGGCACACAAUGUUCCAGCAACUUCUAACUCGCCUGCUGCUCCAAGACCUCUUCUUUCUACGGAUAUUCAGUGAUGAACUCUCUGUCCGCCACAGAGUGUAAUAUCACAAGCUACCCAGUGAACCUUUCAGGCACCAACUCACCUUCCAACCGGAUCUAAAUUUGGAUAGGAGCCCAACCAUCGUUUCUUUGAACUUUCUUGCUCUCCAGAAACAGUUUAACUAUGCAGACAUUGUAUAGCACUAAUGUGUAUACCAGCUGCUGUGAAUCAAAAGUCCCACCAUGCCUUUGUAGCCUUUUGCUGGCGACUGUUUAAUAAUCUAGAAAUGAUUUGUGAGAUGGAAUAAAUGAUGACUCACGAGGUUCUUGCUGCCACAAGACUCAGCAAUUAUGCUGAAGCACAGGGUCAGCACUGAAGAGAUGUUUAGGGUCGAGCUCGGUGUGGUAGUUACAGUGGUUGGAUCACAUUUUGUUCUGUCUUAGACCCUGUGGGACUUACAUAGAGCUAGGAGCAAAUAAAAAAAAAAAGAGCAAUACUACUCUUCCGGAAGGUUACUGGAGACUACUGAUAGUGCGACCGCACCCACGGAAGAGUGGGUCUAUCUUCGGCAUCCGGUCAGGGACAAACGCAGGAUUUUUAGGAGAGGGGUUCCGUUCAUGUUUUAUCCAUCUAAUAUAGAGAUACGUUUAAUAUGCCGGCUGUCGGGAUCCCAGCGGUCAGGAUAUUUAUGCAGGAAUCGCAAAAGCCAACAAUGCCGCUAGCCGGAAUCCCGGUGCAACAGGGCUAUUCCCACUUGUGGGUGUCCACGACACACAUAGAGUGGGAAUAGAUGCUGUGGCGGGCGCAGCGAGCCCGCAAGGGGACUCUUUGCGCUCGCCCCACUGCGGACGGGAUGCCGCUGUCAGGAUAUUGACAGCCGGCAUCCCGUCUACUGGUAAAUCAUAAUGAGCCCCUAAUAUACAUAUAUCUUUAAUAGGGUAUCCGGACUCUAGGUCGAUACCCAUUAGGUCAACAUUGAGUAGGUCGACACAGGAAAUAGGUCGACACGACCAUUAGGUCGACAAGGAAAAAGAUUUACAUGAGCUCUUCACUUUUUUUUUCUUUUUUUGAACUUUUUCAUACUUUACGAUCCAUGUGGACUACAAUUGGGAACGGUAACCUCGCCAUGCAAGGGGACACGGUGCACUAAUUGGAGGUCCCCGUCACUUUGCGAAGAAAACUACGCCCCAAAAAAAAGAAACUCAUGUCGACCUUUUUCCAUGUCGACCUUUUUCCAUGUCGACCUAAUGGAUGUGUCGAUCCAUUUCCUGUGUCGACCUAGUCACUGUCGGCCAAUAGGUGUCAACCUAGACACUGUCGACCCUGAGUCCCUUACCCCUUUAAUAGAUAGAUAGAUAGCCCUGCUCACACACAUACUGUACAUCACCCUGCUGCACUCAGUGACAGCCCUCCCCACACAUGUAUGUGCAUCACCCUGCACUCAGUGACAGCCCUCCCCACACAUGUAUGUGCAUCACCCUGCACUCAGUGACAGCCCUCCCAACACAUGUAUGUGCAUCACCCUGCACUCAGUGACAGCCCUCCCCACACAUGUAUGUGCAUCACCCUGCACUCCGUGACAGCCCUCCCCACACAUGUAUGUGCAUCACCCUGCACUCAAUGACAGCCCUCCCCACACAUGUAUGUGCAUCAACCUGCACUCAGUGACAGCCCUCCCCACACAUGUAUGUGCAUCACCCUGCACUCAGUGACAGCCCUCCCCACACAUGUAUGUGCAUCACCCUGCACUCACAUCCGGUGGAUACUCUGAACUGAAGUCCCUGUGCCUGGUACAGCCAGCAGGCAGGUGCUGCACAGCAGUGGCAGUGUGAUCUCUGCCACAUCCAGGCUCUCAAGAAGCAGCCCGAGUGAAGAGCACAGCGGCUCUGAUCACACCCGCAGGAGUUCCGCGGUCAGUGCAGAGAUCUCUGAAAAACACAUUCCUCCUCUCUCCCUCCCUCCCCCCCCCCCCCCCCCCCCCCUGCGUGCGCCACUGCUUGGUCCACAUCCUAAUGAAGUGGGCAGCAUGGGGAUAUGUUGUUGGGAAUCACGAGUAAUUAGGGAGGGCAAAGGGCUAAAAUUUUAUAAAUUUAGUUGUUUUAGCUCCACUUCCUCCCAACAGACCUGUGAUUUGCGGCAUUUUGCCACAAUGGGGGUGGGACUUUAUGAUUUGCAGCCCAGACCCACCCCCAAUGUGAUUAGGUGCAUGUCAACUCCAGGCUUCUGCUGGACAGGAGGACAUGGAAGUCGGCAAGUAUGAGCAGCUUACACAUUUGGGAAUCAUAUUGCACUGCAGGUGGUGCAGAUUUAAAUGAGCAGACAGAUUUAGAAUUGGGAAAGGGUAUGUCCUAGAUUAAUUCUAUAAUUUGGUGUAAAAACAAAAUUGGUCAGCAUUUGUUUGCCACCUUCAGACGCAGCCAGUACUUUCCCUGCCUGCAAAAAAAACAAAAAUAAAAUCUAUUAAAUACUAAUCAACUGCUGGUUUGAACAAGCCCCAAAGGACACACAACUAAUUACAGUAACAUCUAUAACUACAAGCCUAUCUGAUUGCAAUUCACUUAUCUAAAUGCACUGCAGCUGCUUAUCCUGAAAAUACAUUAAACUUCUAAAUGGUCAGUUAAAGCUGGCCCACCUCUGCUUUCCUUAGAUCAGGGCUUAUUGCACCAGGUAUGAGUCAUUUCUCAGCAUGCUUAUCUCCCUAAUACUCCAUCUCCGUUAUUUGUGAUGUAAUAAGGCAUACUGUACGAGUUACCUUUCAAUUUUAUAACAAACCAAUGAGUAAAGCUUUCUACACACUAUGCGAUUUUUUUUUAUUUUAUUAUACCAAUAAUUGGCCCAAUUUUGUACUGUAAGGUCCUGAUAGCAGCAGUACACACAGUGAUUUUUUUUUUGUCAGCGAUUUCUGCAACACAACACUGCAUUUGCUUAUGUCUGCCCACAAGGAUGAUGAGCUAAUCAGGAUAAAUUUGGGUACAGCACAACAUGGGGAUCUUUUGGUCCAUAUCUUCUGUCAAAUAUGACCAGUUUUAUCAUUGAAACCAAGCAUUGGCGUAAAUUUGUCCCAGUUGGCCGGAGAAAAGAUAAAUAUUGGUGCCCCCCCCCCCCUAUAUUUAGAGAACUAUAUGCGUGUGUGUAUGUAUACAGGCACGAGGAGGCCACAGACACUACUGAGCCUCAUUUUGACUUGCUUUAAGGACAUUACAUCAAAGUUGGAUCAGCCUGUAGUGUGUUUUUCCACUUUAAUUUUGAGGGUGACUCCAAAUCCAGACCU